UAUUUAUCUGUGUGGAAAAGAUAUGGCUAUACGGUGGUGAUGCUUCCAUAGUUCAUGCCAAGCUCCUGUGCCCCACCUCGCCACCUACUCCAUCCAGAUCCGGGGGGUCGCCGACCCCGACCCGUUCUCCCCGAUCGCCGUGCCGAGCUCCCUCCGCGCCCUUCCCCCCUCUCCCCAUCCCCUAGCAGCUUCUACCAACUCCGGCCGCGCUCGUCACCAACCCAGGUCCGCCGCCACCCAUCUCCUCCUCCACAUCAGAUCCGCCGCUCUCCGCCGCGCCGUUGACCACCUCCCUCCAACGACCUCGUCCAUCGCCGUGUCGCGGUGUCGCGCCGCCAGACCCCGCAGCCUGCCGCUGACCUCGGAUGGCCAAGGCCGCAUGCGUGGGCGCCGCCGGCGAACUCCUGGACGACCUCCUCCUCGUCGUCUUCGAGCGCUUGCCGGGCGUCCAGGACCUCCUCCGCUGCGCAGCCACGUGCAAACAGUGGCUCUGCCUCAUCAAAGACCCGGUCUUCCUCCGACGCAUCGGCCUCUGGCCGGAGACAGCGCCGCACCCCUCGGUCCUCGUCGGCAUCUUCUACCAGAACGUAGCGGCUAGCGCGAUUCAGCCCGUGAGAAGGAUACCCGACAGUCCUCCCCAAUUCUUGAGCCUUCAGGCUGGCGGCGGCCAUCUCACCUUCGACUCCUUCGUCGCCAACGACGACGGGCUCUUCAACUUUGCAAGGCCACUGGCGUCACGCCGUGGUCUUCUCCUCGUGCGCAUCCUGCUGCCUACCCCGGCCGACCACCAACGCCGUGAGAAGCUCCAUCUUGCGGUGUGCCGCCCUCUGAUCGACAAGCGGGGUAGGCAUUUGCUCCCACCGCCUCCCUUCUUGGUAAACCAUGGAUUCAUCAACGGGCUCCGCCUAACUGGCUAUGCUCUUCUCACCGAUGAGGACCACCGUGCCAUUGAUGAUCUGGAUCAGCAACGACGGUCGUCGUUCCAAGUCGUCUUGACUUACACAGGCGCCAACAGAGUCAUGUAUGCCUGUGGGUACUCCUCUGCCACAGACAGUUGGAGCACGCCCAUCAAGUGCCACCAGGUUUCACACCUCGCCAGGUGUGGACCGUAUGCCGGCGUCGUCACCUGUGGCACCGUGCACUGGCUGCUCACAGACCAGAGAAGCUUCUACACACUCAAUGUAAGUGUCGCCACCUCACAUGUCUCAUUGACCAAGGUCCCCAUCAACGUCCAUGCUGGUGAGCAGCGGCGGCGAGUGCCGUUUCCAUGUGUCACCGGAGAAAGAAGGCUCUCUUUUGUGAGCAUACGAGAUGAUGGUGUGCUAGAGCUUUGGGCCAAGCAAGGACAAGAUGACUGUGAUCAUGGAAUUGCAGGAGGGUGGUUGCGCUCUGACCUGAUAAAUCUAGGAAGCGGUGAUAAAAUAAACCUUGUCUUCUUCGCGGAGAGGAGAGGUGCCAUGCUCGUCGAGCAGGGCGGUGCUUUCUUCACCAUUGAUCUCAAGAGCAAGGAAAAGGCGUUGGUCGAUCUCAAAGGCGAGGAAGUGGAGCAUGUCAGGGGCAUCUGCAGGUUUCCAAUGCAUCGCUGUAGUAGUAGUUGGUGUAGUGGAUUCCACUGCAGCUGGGGGAGGAUCAGUCCUUGCGCGUAUAACAAGCCUGUGCUGUACGAGGUGGAUUGGAUAAUUGAGGCAAGAUGAGGGCAGAUUGAGUCGGCAAUUUCUUAAAAACUUGUCCACACAGCAUGUUGGAUUUAAAGUUAUGAGUGCCAAUAAAUCGGAGGUGCUGGAAUAAACGCAUAAUAAUGCACUGGAAUGACAGCUGAUGUUUCUUUUUGGGGCGCAUGUGUUAAUUCCAUCUGCAUUCAUUCUGACUGUUCUGUUUGGCUCAGUAGAACUGAAACUUUCUGUGAUGCUGUUUUUCGUCUGGAAUUCUGGUGUAGAAGAUUGUUUACGAAUGACUACAACUGCCAUGUGCUUUCAGUUCUGAAUAUAUCUAGGGUAGAAAUGCAUAUCAGUGUCUAACUGUAUGUAAUCUCAUCAACAUUGUGAAUUAUAUUUAUUGUAUAUCUCAUGAUGGAUUUGAGCAAUGUCGUUAAAUUUGACAUGCCAACUACAGAACGGUCUUUGUCUGGCGGUUGUUUGGCUGUUAAUUGGCCAAAAUAUGACCUGAGUUGGCAUAUGCCGCCAAUCUGUUGAUGAGUGGUUAUACAAUGGUGGUCCUUAUGAGCUAACUGUUCUACACUUCUUACUUGGUGUAGCUUGUUAUAUGGGUCGUGCGUGGGAUAUGCGUCCUUGGAUUGUUGUUGGAUAUUCAGCUCCCGUUGCAGCUGCUACUGCUGUUUUCUUGAUUUACCCUAUUGGCCCCUUUAGGUCUAAAAGCGCAGCUGGCCCAAUCUGGUCAACACAACCAAACUUGGAUCAGUGCACGUUGAGGCUACAACAUGUAAGUACACUUAAAAAUAAGCAAAAGAGAACAACUGGAAGAAGUGAUCACGGUAUAGUUGCAGAUAUCACAGAAAGAAAGUUACCCAGGAACUGAUAUCACGGUAUAGUUGAUAAUGGCACAUGUUUUUUUUCAUCCAUCUAUCUUCUAUCGAAUCGAACAUAUAUAUCGAACAUAUAAAGGACGCUACCCAACCCGCCAUUCUGAGGCCUCCGCGCGCGCGACGCUGGUUGGACCGUGCGAUUCUUUUACUGUGCUUUUUUUUGACCGCUGGCAAUUGGUCAGCCGUCGUUUUUUUUUCACGUUUAUGACUGCUUCGAGAGUGGAUGACGAGUGGGCCUCUUUGUGUGUGGGGCCGAGAGAAUGGCGGCCGUAGGUCGAGAAGGAGCGGUUGCUACAGUGAGGGCAGCAGGGUCCCCACCCCGGCGGCUGUGUGCAGAGGGGGAGAGGUCAAGGACGGUUGCCAGUUCAUGGAGGAGAGAUGCGACACAGAGGAUGAAGAUGGAGCUGGCAGCAGGGAUCAUGGGAGCAACGGGGGUGGCUGGCCUCCCGAAGCUAGACGAGAAAGGGGGCAGCAGUGCAGGGACGGAAGAGGGUGUCCAUGUGCUAUCCAUUUCUGCUCAUCUUCAGCUUGCAGAUUUUUAUCUAAAAGCAGAGCUACCUACUAAUGGCUCACAAGAUAGAAAACUAAGCCUGAUUUCUCAGGAAUCUUCCGCUGUGGCGCUUAUGCGUCUAAGAUAUUAACAGGGCAGAGGCUCUAGAGAGGAGGUUUGAUUUUCCUUUUCGGGAUUUGUAGCAUGAAUGCAAGAAUUUCUCCUGUAGGUUUGGAUAUGUCCUUACUUUCAUGGCUCAAUCAUCAAAUGACAUCAAAAUUGAAUUCCUGAAAGCAAGGCUAAUUAAUGAUGGAAAACUAACUGAUGCUCUUGUUGUAUCCGACUGUUGUUUGCGCAAUGGAGCGUCUGAUAAAUUACUUUGAUUGUCCAUUGAUCAAAGGGAAUAAAUAAUAAGUCUAGGCACAGGACAACGUAACAAUAUGUGCUUGAGUCCUUACAUCAUACGUGAUCGUGACACCAGAUCCGUGUCCUCAUUGUCCCCCCAGCCUUUCUCAUUGGACGAAGAUGACAGGGAGGAGAGGAUGCUAGCCAGGAAGGUGCACAUGGCAUUGGCGUCGCCGACCCCACACCAGCGAUGGCCAAGGAGCCAUCGGCGAUGGUGUAGCUGCAGCAGCCUGUCAAUUGGAGGAGAGGCCAAGGACCAUGGUUGAUCUAAGAGCAGUCUCAACUUGCUUGUAGAUCUGUUCUGGAGCAUGGUUCAUUUAUCUAUGAUUCCCCACCCUAACAAAGCAUGGUCCACAUCUUGAAUUUGAAGUGAACUUCAGUCUAAUUUGUUGCUGGUUGUGCUGAACAGUUCGGUCAGGGUGGACGUGCUUUUGUUCUAUUUGUGCUUGUGAAAAACUUGAGUUCCUUUGUCCGAGUUGAGUGCACCCAAAAUUGACUGCCGGGAGAAUUUGUACUGCCCAUUUGACGGUUUUGGAGGCUCAUGGUUUUGUGGCAUGGAUUGCUGCAUAGAACAUCUUCUAUAUCGUUUGCCGGUAGAAAGAUGUUAUUGUCCUGAGAUAUACUCUUCUGGGAUUAUGGUGUACAACUCCUGCUCUGUUGCAAACUGAAAUUCCCAUCGGGUUCCAUGUGUU